AUGGUAGAAAAACUUGAAAACACCAGUAAAAAACUGGAUCCAGAAAUCGACAUCAACAAUGCAAAGUUAAUAACAGACAAGCAUCACCCCGAAGUGGAAAAAGGACAGGCAUACAAAGACAAGGAAACUCUAAAGAAUGUCCUCAGCUACUACGCAAUCAAAAACAUCUUUCAGUACAAAGUGUGGAAGUCCUGCUCUCAAGAGUACAGUCUGAAAUGUGUUUACAAAAGCUGCAAUUGCCUGAACAAAUGCCCUUUUUCCACACUUUGUACUGAAAGACACCUGUUUGAUCUCUGCAACAGGUUCUCAAAUAUCCACACAUGCCCCAUAAAUAUUAGGCAUGAAGACCAAAGGCAAGCAACAUCGAAACUGAUAGGGGAAUGCAUAAAACCGAAGUUCUUGAACAUAAAGACAAAGGCAACAUCGAUGGACAUAAAAGGGGAGUUGAAAUACAGGUAUGGCAUCAAAAUGAACUAUAUGAAAGCUUGGAGAAGUAAGGAACAUGCAGUAAAUGACUUGAGAGGUAAUGCUAGUGACUCGUACAGCCUAAUACCGAGUUUCUUACACGUGGUGGAAAAAACAAACCCGGGAUCAUUUGUCGAUCUGAAAACAACAGAAGACAACAACUUGCUCUUUGUUUUCAUGGCGUUGGAUGCAUCCAUAAAAGGGUGGGGAGCAUGCAGACCGAUAGUUGUUGUGGACGGAACGUUCCUCAAAGCAGCUUAUGGGGGAACUUUGUUGUGCACAUGCACACAAGAUGCAGCAGGUCAUAUUUUUCCACUAGCGUUUUGUGUUGCAGAUUCUGAGAAUGACCAAUCUUGGAAAUGGUGCUUCAAAAAAUUUAAAGAAGCGUAUGGGGUCCGGGAACACCAAUGCCUAAUUUCAGACAGGAAUGAAAGACUCAUCAAAGCAGCAAGAGAAAUCUAUCCAGAAAUUACACACAGUUACUGCGGUUACCACAUUUUAAGCAACCUUAAAACAAGCUUCAAACAACAUGCUGCCAAUACAAUCUGCCAUUCUUUGGAGCAGUCAAAGCCUACACAGAAAAGCAAUUCGAGUUCCACAUGGCUGAAUUGGAUGGAUUGGACAAACGCAUAA